ACUACCAGCGUCUACUUGGCAAUUAGUCGCUAUUACCACUCGAGUCAAACGAGAUGAAUGCUGCUGGUGCGCUUAAGUUUAUCUUCGUUGUCCUGCUCGGAUCUAUAGCACAAGCCACGACCACAGAUAAUCACACCUGUCUUCCAACGAGCUACAAUAAAAUCUGCAUUCUGGAAUACGUCCACUACAAUCGAAACGACACGACGAGUCACAUCUUUCCCAAAGGACAAUCGCACAUUCGGAUCGGCAGUGAACGAUGGUUUAACGGUAUCAAUUCCGUCAUUCGGAGCUUCGAUGUCAAUCUGUACAAUGAGCUCGACCGACCGCAAGCCUUCGAAGUGGUGAACGUAUUAAUGACGUCAUUAGAAAUACCAAGAGCUCUCCAGCAUGGCAGCUUCGCCGACAACAGUCUCAAAGAAUUUUCUAUAGAAAAUACCAUAGGAGAGGUGUCGCUAACAUUUUUGGAUCUCUCCAGUAAUAUGUUGUCCAACUUGACCAACAUCAGCAGCCUGGUAAAUCUGGAAUCGCUCUACCUGUCCAACAACAAAAUCAUAACCAUCGAACCGGACGUCUUCGCCAAUCUGACCCAGUUGAAAGUGCUGCAGCUUCAGCAUAACAAACUCAAAGUUAUUCCUGCGCUUCCCCGAAGUCUCAACUUUCUCGGAUUAAUGAAGAACGAAAUCCGCACCCUUGGCUAUAGUCAACUUUCACUGCCAUUGCUGGAGGUGUUCAACAUCGAGCGUAACUUACUCGACGAAUUCGACGCACCGUCGCUUCUGCUAGCAAUGCCAAAGUUGAGAAUUGUUCGUCUGGGUGGAAACAGAUAUGGUCUCACGGUUCUGAGGACAGCCAUUGCCGUCCUGCAGCAGCACAACGUCAGCUAUCAGAACAUUUUGGACGAUGAUGCCUGCUACUACGGUAGCAAACUUAUCGAAGGGGUUUGUAUGUGAGAUGAAUACUGGAAAAACGGAUGGGCCAAAGCGACCGGAUUGAGCAUCCUUACCGUGCUCGUUGCCUGCUUGUUCGUAUUGGUUAGCCGGUGGAUUUUCAAAGCGAUGAAUCGAUAGAAAGGAAUGAGCACUGCUGAUACGAGAUACGCUGGCUGAGUUUACAUAACGUAACAUCAUCAAACGACGGCAGUUGCGCUGCUUUAAUCUGCUGUCUGCUGUUCAUAGUCUAGUGAAUAUUUUACGCAGUACAUGAUUAAAAAGUUAUCAGCAUAAACGAAGAAAUAAAGUGAAUCAUUCUUGAAAAACGUCA